AAUCAAAGGUUUAUCUGAAGCAAAAGUUGACAAGAUAUGCGAAGCAGCUGAAAAGAUAGUGGUUAGAGCUUAAAUUACUUGUUAUCCUGAGAUGGCGGCUGCAAUCAAUUGGAACUUCUAUACGCAUCUCACGUUAACUUCCCUUUGUUUUGAUCAGAAUUUUGGUUAUAUUACUGGAAGUGACGCUCUGCUCGGAGUACGUUCUUAAUUCUACAAAACCAAAAUGGUUCGGAAGACCCGAAUGAGUCAUUGACCCUUGAAAUAAAGCCUGCAAAUUAGCACAUGGACUGUAGAAAGCUGCACUUGCUCUAAACACUAUUGACCUCACAGCACAAAGUACUUUUAAUGUCUUCGUUUCCAGAGGAAGUCGGUUGUUCACAUCACAACUGGAAGCCAAGCCCUUGAUGAGCUUUUUAGGCGGUAAUAGACUUUGUUUUGCAGAUUGUGUAUAUUAUUCUUCAUGCGUUUCAACAAACACAACUUUCCCUGUUCUGGAAAUGUUAAUCAGGUGGUAUUGAAACUCAGGCAAUUACAGAAGCAUUUGGCGAAUUUCGGUGAAAAGCACAGUCCAACAACGUUGGCUUUGACGAACUUUUACCUGCUUUUGUUAGUUGGUUUUCUGAGAAAAUGCUGCUAACGUCACUUCAGGUCUGGGAAAACACAGUUUGCACAUACCCUGUGUGUUUCUACUCAGUUUGGUCUGAAUUGCCUUUUAGGUUUCCAUCCUUAACUUCUGUUGCGUUUUAUGUUUCCUAGAUUAACAGUGCAAAUAUGAACAUAGUGAUUGAAUUUCUAGCAAAGAAUACAGCCAUGGUUGAUCUUGGCAUCAGAACGUGCGUAUUAGGUGAUUCUGGAAGGAUGGCACUGUCAUUUUCUGUAAUCUGCAGCCAGUACACUGGAAUGCAUAAUAUGCAGUGGUUCAAACCAAGUAGAAAAAAGCCAGGAGAGCGUACUAGGUCAUAACCAAUCAGAAGCCUUAAUCAUUGUUAGACUUGGACUUGGGUUGAUCAUCAGUUGAAUGUGAUGCUUGAAGUACUCUACUUUAUAUGCAAAUCUUACAACAUUAUUUUCCCCUCUUUCCAUCACUCAUUAUUAAAGGUAAUCCUGUUCCAUAAGAUGAUUUAUGGUUUGUGGAUUCCAUGAUCCUAACAAUUUUUCCAGCUGCCAACUCACAUGAGAGGGGGGAAUGACAAGGUAGCUUACAUUGACAUGGACGGAACUUUUCGCCUUGAUUGAAUUGUACCAAUAGCCGAAAGAUUUGGCAUGGAUCCUGGUGCCGUCCUAGAUAAUAUCAUUUAUGCCCGUGCCUAUACUUAUGAGCAUCAGCACAACUUGCUUCUUGGUUUGGCUGCCAAAAUGUCUGAAGAACCAAUUAGGUUACUGCAAAAAUUGGCACAAAUGCUCUCACGCUUACUUAAGACAGCUGAGGAAUUUAACUUGGCAGUGUACAUGACCAAUCAAGUCGUAACUGAUCCAGGCAGUGGUGUAUUCUUAUCAGACCCAAAGAACCCUGCAGGCAGGCAUGUUCUGGCUCACGCAGCCACAAUUAGGUUGAUGUUUAGGAAAGGCAAAGAUAACACCAGGGGGCAUAGCCAAUGCAAAGGACUAAAGAGGUCUCUCCAACCAGGAAGGCCAGGCGAAGUACACUUUUUUUUUUUUGAAUCUGCAAUUUGAUGUUAGCUAUCGUAUUGACAGCUUUCUCUAUCUUCUUUCAUAUUAAGUUUGUAUGGGCAUGUGUCAAGUUCCCUUUGACUGCUUAAAAAUUGCACUAGAGUUUGCCUCUUUGGCCUUAAUACCUAGCUUGCUAUAUUGUCUA